AUGCUUGGGUCUACAGAAAAGAGGUUGCAGAAGAACAAACCGCUUCUGGAAACGUACAAGGAGCAGAUUCAGGAUAUGGUACAGCGAGGUGUUGCAAGGAAACUCACACAAGUAGAAAUUGAAAACUAUGACGGCCCAGUAUAUUACCUAAGCCACCACGAGGUGCUUAAACCAGAAUCCACAUCCACGCCUUGUCGAAUAGUCUUCAAUUCGUCAGCGAAGUUUCAGGGACAUUCACUAAAUAACUACUGGGCUAAGGGACCAGAUCUUAUGAACAACCUGCUCGGCAUACUCGUGAGAUUUAGAGAAGGCCCAGUCGCAUUUGUCGGCGAUAUACGGAAGAUGUACCACGCCAUAAAGAUAUCA